AGGAGGAUUCACUACAUGAUCAGCAAGGGGGGCAGCGAAGCCCUUCUGCAGACCCUGGUGAACACAGCAAGGACAGCGUCUCCAGACUAUGACAUCCUCCUGCCCCUCCUCCGACUGCUGGCCAAAGUCGGCCUGCGAGAUAAAAAGUUUGGGCAGAAGGCACUGGAAUUGGAAGCACUGGAUGUGACAUUGAUUCUGACCAGGAAAAACCUGUCCCACAGCCAGAACCUCCUCCACUGUCUCUGGGCUCUGCGUGUGUUUGCCUCUAGUGUCACCACGGGAGCCAUGCUGGGAAUUAACGGGGCAAUGGAGCUGCUUUUCAAGGUCAUCGCCCCUUACACCAGGAAGCAUACUCGGAUAAUCAGGGCAGCCACUGAAGUUCUGGCAGCAUUGCUGAAAUCCAAGUCUAACAGCCGCCGGGCGGUGAACAGAGGCUACGUCACUAGCCUGCUCAGGCUGCAUCAGGAUUGGCACAGCCACGAUGGGGCCGAUACCUACGUGCCGAUCCGCCGGGCGCUUCUGCUCUGCCUCAAGCACAUCACCACCCUCCGGUCUGGCAGGGAGGCCUUCCUGGCAGCUCAGGGCAUGGAGAUCCUCUUCAGCAGCACGCAGAACCGCCUGGACGACCCGGGCUUGGAACCCGUCACGUGCGUGGUGCUGCAGGUCCUGAGGCAGUGCUCCCCGAGGAGCCCCCUUCCCCUGGCCGUGGCCAGCAGCGCCUAUGCCUUCCCGGCCGCCGGGAGCACCCCCUCUGGUCCUCCGCCUGUGCUCACUGAAGAGGAUUUUGAAGAUGAUGGUGAUGAAGAAGAGGACAAAGACUCUGAUGCUGAAGAUGCGAAAGAGGAAGACGAUGACUUGGAAACAGAUGUGAACAAACUGAGCUCCAAACCUGGACUUGACCGGCCUGCAGAGGAGCUGACCCAGUAUGAGGCGAUGUGUCUGGAGCUCUCCUGCCUCUUUGAGGCCCUGGAGUCCAAACCCGGAGAUGAUCUCAACUCUGAAGAGACCGAGUACGCCAACCACCACCACAUUCCAACCACUGCCCUCCCGAAGCAGCGUUGCUUGAAUAAGGACCAAAGCUCCCAGGGGCAGGAAAGAGAAGACACAGUCCAGACUCCCCUUCUGAGCAUGGUGAGGAGGCGGCGGUCCACCGUGCAUCUCGCCUCUAAAGCAGAACCUGGAGGGAACCCAUACCGAAAGGCCCAAUCCAAUGGGCUGGGAACGGAUUCUUCCGCAAAUGAAAUUGUGGACAUACAGGCCCUCCUCAGAGAGGAUGCUUGGGACACAGACAUGAUUUCCUGCCCGCGGAUAAGUGCCUUCGUUUCCAAUUCCACCAGGUCUAGAGAAACUGUUGAAGCAAUAGACGAGCUUCUGCAGAUACAUCCCCAGCACAUCCCCUUCCACGACCCCUGUGUGUAUAUGGCCAAAGCCCGAAGAACCAGGUCCGUGGUGGACUUCAAGAUGGUGGCGUUUCCUGACCUCUGGGGGCAUCGUCCACCUCCAUCUCCGGAGCCCAUGUUGGAGCGCAAACGUGGAAUCCAAAGGAUCAAGAUAUUUGAGGAUAUCCGGAGGUUCAUCCAGCCCAAUGAUGUUCUAAACAAAGUCGUCUUCAGUUUAGAUGAGCCAUGGCCCCUCUUUUGUUACAGGCAGGACACUGCUUCCAACUGCUUAUGGUUCUCCUCGCAGUUCGAGUCAGGCAAUCUUCGCAAGGCCAUCCAAGUGCGGGAGUUUGAGUAUGACUUGUUGGUCAAUACUGAUGUAAACAGCACCCAGUACCAGCAGUGGUUCAACUUCAAGGUGAGCGGUAUGAGGGCUGCCAUCCCUUACCGCUUCAACAUCAUCAACUGCGAGAAGCCCAACAGCCAGUUCAAUUAUGGGAUGCAGCCAACUAUGUAUUCUGUGAAGGAGGCUCUUCUUGGCAGACCCACCUGGAAACGGACGGGCUAUGAAAUCUGUUAUUACAAGAAUCAUUAUCGUGAGAGUGCAGCUGUCACUGGGGGAGCGUCUAGGAAGUGUUAUUAUACCCUCACCUUUGCUGUCACCUUCCCACACAACGAGGAUGUCUGUUACCUGGCCUACCACUAUCCCUACACCUACACCGCCCUCAUGACUCACCUUGAUAUCCUGGAAAAAAGUGUCAACCCCAAAAAGGUGUACUUCCGGCAGGAGGUUCUGUGCCAGACACUAGGAGGGAAUCCGUGUCCGCUGGUGACCAUCACAGCUGUGCCCGAGUCCGCCAGCGCUGACCACCUAGAGCAGUUCCGGCAGCGUCCAUACCAGGUGAUCACUGCCCGCGUUCACCCAGGCGAAAGCAAUUCCAGUUGGGUGAUGAAGGGGGCCUUGGAGUUCCUGGUCAGCAGUGACCCUGUGGCCAGGCUCUUGAGGGAAAACUUCAUUUUCAAGAUCAUCCCCAUGCUCAACCCUGAUGGUGUCAUCAAUGGCAAUCACAGGUGCUCGUUGCGAGGGGAGGACUUGAACAGACAGUGGCUGGCUCCCAGCGCUCAGCUCCAGCCCACCAUUUACCACACCAAAGGCCUCCUCUACUACCUGAACAGCAUCGGCCACAGUCCUGCGGUCUUCUGUGACUUCCAUGGCCACUCCCAAAAGAAGAAUGUGUUCCUCUAUGGCUGUAGCAUCAAGGAGACCUUGUGGCAGGCAGAGUCCGCUGUGGGUGCAUCUGCUCUCUUGGAAGAUGUCAGCUACAGGACUCUUCCCAAAAUCCUUGAUAAGCUAGCACCAGCCUUCACAAUGAGCAGCUGCAGCUUCGUCGUGGAGAAAUCUCGAGCCUCUACUGCCCGGGUAGUGGUGUGGAGAGAGAUGGGGGUGUCCAGAAGCUACACCAUGGAGAGCAGCUACUGUGGCUGCAACCAGGGCCCCUACAAGGGUCUCCAGUUUGGCACCCGUGAGCUGGAGGAGAUGGGAGCCAUGUUCUGCCUGGGCCUCCUCGUCUUGGAGCUCAAGUCCGUCAGCUGCAGCCAUCAGCUCCUGACCCGUGCAGCCGCCCUACUGAAUGCUGAGGACGAUGCUGUGGACUACCACCUCCAGAGUUCUUCCCUGGCUGAUCACAGACACCCCAAUCUGCCUUCUGCCAAAACAGGGGUGAGCACAAACACUGUGCCCCACUACCACAAACUCUGCAGUCCAGUUUCCCACAAUGGGGGAGAUCACAGGGGUCAGCACACUCGGAGUGCCCUGGAUGAGCCUCGUCCUAGGAAAACCGUGUUCGUGGUCAUGGGGUGUUCCCUGCCAGGGGACCAUCCACUACCCAAGCAGUGCAGAGGCCACCUGCAGGGCAGGAGCCACGUGACCCUGGGAUCUGUCCUAGUUCCUGCUGUUUGCAACAUUUGUGUUCCUGCGGAGCAUCACCAAACAAGAACAGGCAAAGCCGGCUCACCACAGGCCGACCCACUGCGCAUCUUCAAGGGAACGAAAGAAGGAAGAGCGGGAAGAAAAGGAGCCAGGCUGCCCUACUCGGCGAACCACAGGACAAGGCUACGCAGAGGAAAGCAGAAACACCACAAAAAAUCUGAGAACACUGCGUACAUUAGCUACUCCUACCUAAUAGUACUCCUAAAACCUUCAUGACUUAAUAAUGUCGUUUCUCACCAGACCAUGGGCAGGCUGGGCAGCUCCCCAGGGCUGAGCUGGCUCCCCAGGCUCGCGUCUCUGGUCAGCAGGAGGUCAGCGCACGGCUUGGCUGAUCUUGGCUGGGCCGAGUUCACAGAAAGGGACAGUCUAUUCUACAGGGAUGGGCAAAAAUAGGUUUACAGCCAUUAAUAUGGAAAAUAACACAGUAAGUGAAAAUAGUAAUAUAAGAAUGAGCCGAGUUUCAUGUACUCGCACCUGUAAGCCCACUUCUGCCCUGCCCUGUACUAGUCCAGCCCCCCCCACCAGGAGGGCGGUGCUCACAGCCAGUGGUUAUGAGCACCAGUUCUCAGCUCCGUGCACACACAACAGUGGAAUGACUUGGCACUACCGCCUCUGCUCUCCCCACAUGGCUGCGCUCCUAAAUUCCAACUGUUUCUGGGUCUUUUCUGUGUCAAUUAUUUUUUCUGGCCUUUCCAACUUAAGUUUGAUUAAAAAAAGCGAUCUGUUCUUCCAUCUCAGGCUGCCUCCUUCCUCAGCACCAUCACAUCCCCAGGGUCACACCAGAGCCACCCUCUAGCUCUGCUCUCCCUGCGGUCACCAGUUUCCCUCUGUGCACACGCAGGGGUCCCUUCUCCUUCAUGGCAUCUCAGGUACAGGAAAGGCAAACAUGACUCCAUGUAUUAAAACUCCAUGGGGAGGGUCCUUUUUACAAUGUACAUCUGUGCCAAAUCAUCACUUAGUGUACAAAGUUGCCAAUAAAGCUGGAAAAUAAAUAAAAUCUGACCUCAGACAAUUUCUCCUGUACUCUCAAUACCACACUUCCUACGUUUUCAUGAAAAUAAAACGCCCUCUCAUUUCCUACCAUGUGUCUUUCCACCUCCCUGCCCCACAUUACGUCGACCGCACUGUUUCCCUGGGAGGUGCUCGCCUCUUUCUUCUCUCUGCCCAUCUACCUGGUAGCAUGCGGUGCUCAGUGGGCACUCGGGAGCUCCCUAUUGAAUUGAAUGGAUUUUCCUAAUCAUAAUACUUCGG